GAGCGCUGCGCCUUUAAGGGCGUGACGUACUGCAGCCGCGUUGACCCGGAAAGAGUUGGGACGAGGUGGGCGGUCGUGUGGGUUACGUCAGUGUUGUUUUGACGAGUGUUGGAAGAGUCUUGUGUCGCUGUACUUCGUCUGGGGAAGGGCUUUUCAGUCCUGUUUUGUGUCGGUUAUUUAUUUUUUUUAUUUUAUCCCGUAUUGUUUUUUUUUUCCCGUCUGGGUUUGGGAGGUAUUCACCUUUAACAUAUGAGUGUGUCGUUGGUGGUGAUCCGUCUGGAGCUUGCGGACGACUCACGGCUGCCAGAAGGUUUCCAGUACUGCGCUGCUGGCGACAUGUCGGAUGAUGAAAUCAAAGAGGAGGCGCUGGGAUCGGCCAAGGCCUGUCUGAGUGGGAAAAGCACCCUGGAGAAAACAGCAAUUAUACACCAGCAUCUUGGGGGCAGGGUCAUGUCGGACAUGGUCAUUGAAACCAUCAGCCCCGGCCAAGAUCAGAGUGAUCCUGGGAGUGCGCCGAACUCCAGGGACGCGGAGGGCAACUCGCAGGAAAGUCCCGGCACUUCCGAAAAAAGCAAGACCGGGAAGGAGGCUGCGGGACAGGUCCCAGACUCUCCUUCCAAACAGCUGCCCGAUCAGAUUUCCUUCUUCAGCGGGAAUCCUUCUGUCGAGAUUGUCCAUGGUAUCAUGCAUCUUUACAAAACCAAUAAGAUGACGUCCCUGACAGAACACGUCCGCCGCAGUGCCAUGCUCUGUAUUCUUGCUGUCCCUGCCGCCAUGACAAGCCACGACCUCAUGAAGUUUGUAGCUCCCUUCAACGAAGUCAUGGAGCACAUGAAGAUCAUCCGAGACUCCACGCCCAACCAGUACAUGGUCCUGCUCAAGUUCAGUUCCCAGGCGGAUGCAGACAGCUUUUACACGAACUGUAACGGGCGCCAGUUCAACUCCAUUGAGGAUGCGGUCUGCCAGCUGGUCUAUGUGGAGAGGGCAGAAGUCAUUAAAUCUGAAGAGGGAGCCAGCCUGCCUGUUAUGGACCUGACGGAGCUCCCCAAGUGCACGGUGUGCCUGGAGCGCAUGGACGAGUCCGUGAACGGUGUGCUGACCACACUCUGCAACCACAGCUUCCACAGCCAGUGCCUGCAGCUCUGGGAGGACACUACGUGCCCUGUGUGCAGGUACUGCCAGACUCCUGAGCCAGUGGAAGAGAACAAAUGUUUCGAGUGUGGCGUUCAGGAGUAUUCCUACUUGCUGACAAGUCAACUGGACUCUCAGAGAAUUUAUUGGGAAAAUAAAAUUGUUCACUUGGAGAAAGAUACUGCAGAGGAGAUCAACAACAUGAAGGCUAAAUUUAAGGAAACUAUUGAGAAGUGUGACAGUCUGGAACAGAAGCUGAGUGAGCUCACAAAAGAAAAACAGUCUUUGGAGAAGAAGUGCGCGCAGCUCAACGGCCGGCUGGCGAAGCUCGGGGGCGAGCUGCGGGAGGAGGCGGAGAUGAACAAGUGCCUGCGGGCCAACCAGGCGCAGCUGCAGGCGCAGCUGCGAGAGGAGGAGCGGCGCGUGCGCGAGCUGGCCGAGCACAAGGACGGCCGCAUCGCCGAGCUGCAGGAGCAGCUGCGCGACGUCAUGUUCUACCUGGAGACCCAGCGGCAGAUCAGCCAGAUGCCGGCGGAGGCGCGGCAGGAGAUCCAGGAGGGGCAGAUCAACAUCGCGUCCGCGCCCGCCCCCAGCCCGGGCAACACCGGCAGGCUGGCCGGCCGGAAAGGCCGGGGGAAGAGGGGCAAAUAAAAGAGCCGCACGCGAGAGACUGCGGAACCAGGAUCGGCGUGGGCAAUCGGGGCCGUGUUGUCUCGUACGAGCGUGUUGAACUGGAGGCGGGACGCCAGCGGCGGAGUGAAGCGGGGGCCACAGCCAGACCGUGGCUGGAGAGACCAGGAAGAGCUGUGGAUAAUCCGCUUUUUCCUGGGGCCUUUCUCCGAGGAGAUGCUGACAAGCCGGAUCAGAUUGGUUUUUCCACAUUAUACUUUCCCUUCCCUGUGAUCUCGGUGUAGCUUUAUCUCUUUUUUUUUUUUUGCUCUUCCCGCAAAAGAUGUUUCUGGAGCAGGCACAUCGUCCUUAACGUGUCCUUGUCGAAGUCUGCGUCAAAACCAUAGCAAUGUCCUAGUACCCAUUUACAUAAUGACUUUGAUGUCUGUUUUCUUUUUGAUUGAUUCAAAGUCAAGCUUUACACUGAUAUUUAUUUGCUAUUAAUGUGUAGAAAACAUAUUUCUAGAUCUUUGGACAUUAGAAAAUCGUAACAAAGGAAUCCAUUUGACCCAUCAUACUUUCCCCUAUUUGAUCCAAAUGCAAUUUGAUUGACUUGACUAUUGCUGGAAAAGCCAUGAUACUCUUCAUGGAUUGCCGUUUUGUCCCAUAUACCAUUAUAAUGAAAUCAAUGUAGUUUUUAAAAUAACUGUCAACGUUAUCCAGUGUUUUUUUAACAUUUUUUCUUUCAGCAUCUGAUAUCGGGGCCCAGAUCUGGCGACUUGAUGGUUUUUUCUUUUAGGUGUAAAUGUUUUUUCAGCAGCACAUGCAGGACACACACUGGUUCUUCCUGGGUGCUAAACUAAAGCACACUCCACUGCUUCUGCACUGGAAAAGUUUUCUUCCUUUUGCAAACAUCUCAGUCUAGGCUGCUUUCAGUUUUGAAUGAAGUAGAAUAUCUAUGUUUAGUGAUGGUAUUUAAGUGCAUUACUAUUGCUAAUGGCACCCAAAAUCACCUUCAGGGGUUUCUAAACUACACUGCCCUCCCUCUUAGCAACACAGGUGUGUAGGCAGGAAACUGUGGACACAUUGUUCAAUAUUGUCAACUGCUGUAUAGCUCUGUGGCUACUGCUGGUGAAUGGUGCUGUUACAAUUUUGAAUUUUUUGACACAAAGACCUGGCUCAGGCUGAGGGGAGAAUUUAUUACUUUACAUGAAAAAGAGCACCCACACUAUAUUCGCAGUACUGUCAGGACCACUCUGUAUGAAGCACAGAACCUGGUUUAGCUGGUGCUUGCAGCACUGCAGUUCAAGGGUAAUGAAGGGAUACACUGCAAGCUAUGCAUUAUAGAUUAAUAAUCUUUUUGGUAAUAUAAAGUGAUAGCAGAUACAGUAUAAUAUGGACAUGCCUCAGUGUCAUUGAUCGUCAGGCAAGUCAUCAGAAAGUGCCAUACCACACCAAGGGCAGGUUUCUGGGCAGCUACGUUUACUACACACGCAAGAUUAUUUUCGAGAUCUCUGAUGAAUUGUCACAGAUUAUGUAGAAAAUGUAUGCUUAGGAGUUAGUUUGGAACUUUUUGUUGGCUCUUCUGCUGUCAGUGGCACCUCUUUAAUAUACUCACCUCAGUGUUGUACAGGUGCUAUUGGUAACAUUAGGUGACGUUUCAUUUUUACCCCAAAAUUAUUCAUCUGGAAUGUGCAAUUUGCAUUAUAGACUCACUCCUCCUGUUGUUUCUGUCAUCCUUUCCAGUGCCAUGUGUGUGUUUCAGCACCACUGUAACAUUGUGCUGCAGUUGUAUUAUACUUGUCACGGCUGCAGAUUGAAAUUUGGAAAGGCUUGCUGCGUGUUGUUUUUUUGACCAUCCCGAAGUGAGCACUUUGCAAAAGGGUUUUUACCCUUGGGCUAGCAGGACGGGAUAUUCCUCUUUUGGCCACAGAUUGGGUUCCUCAUCUCAUACAAAGAGAAGCAUGAAUAACGGAAGGCUCCUGCAUUGUAUUUACUUGACAUCCUUGUCUAGGUACUAGGGCGGCCCGUGUUUGUUCAGAACCGCUCUCAAGUGGAGCGUAGGAUCUGGUGCCCGACCCGUACGGCUGUCCGGCCGAACCCGGGUCACGCGUGGCAGCGCGAGGACGUUCGCCACAGGUCUUCAUCAGAGCGCGACGUAGAUUUCCCUUCUCCCCGGUCAAGGAAUGACGGCCUACACCUGCAAAAAAAAACCACUCCCCGCCCAGCGUUACGCUUCCUCUUGAAAAUGUAUUUUCCGAAAUGACGGAAUGUAUAGCGUCGGGUAUUUUUUGGGCCGUACUCAUUUCAGUUAUAUAGUUCAAACCUGUUGAAAGAGUACUGCUCUCUCUGCGCUGUCUUGUGAAAAGCACGUUUGUCUUGAUUUUCUCAACAGUGGGGGUGGCCUCUCUGGGGCAUUGCUGUGUUUUACAUACUAUAUUCUGCAGGAGUCCGCAUUUAUUUCCCAAAUAUGACUAGAUCCUGUUUACCUACAUCUCCUGCUUACAAUGGCCACCUUCCCUGGGUCAUCUGAGUCACUUUCUGGUCUAAAGAAAUCAAAAGGCAAGAGUUAUUAAGACCUUUUUUUCUUUCUUUCUAAUAUUCCCUUACAUUUUCUCAGUUUUGUUUCUCAGGUUCCCUGCCAUGGUGUUUAUACAGGCUCUCUUAGUUCAGAUGGGGUUUUGCUUUCGAGUUCGGGUGGUGGGGGUGAGGGGUGUGCCGGGGGGCUCCCAGGCAGCGUGGACACCCCCGGCACUGGAAACCUGAGCCCCAGCUCAAAGCAGAGCAGAGGGGCCAGCAGAGCACCCCUCCGCCAUCGCUGGGGUUGGGGCUAGCUUUCUUACCAGCGCCCCGCCAGGUCAGAGCACCUCCGCGCCUCUGCGCAGCACCAGCUCCCCUGCCGGGCGCUGGGGAGGAGGCAGGAGCGAGGAGCCCGUCUGGCCCUCCUCGUCCUCCCUGGGCUGGACUGGAGGUGGGGUCCGAGUGUAGAGCUAAUUCGCCCUUUAUAACGAGUACAUUUGAAUUCUUAUUCACGCCUGUACUCUCAGCGUACAGACGGGUAAAGAGAACAAUACUGUUUCUAUUUAAGCCAGUACUACAAAAGAGAGUAUCUUCCAGUAUACAGUAAGAUACAACACACAGUAUAGAAAACAAUAUACAAUUUACAGUCUUGUAUGCAGUGUAAAAAAAUACAACAUUCUACUGUAGGCGGUAAUUGAUAGCAGUCAGUCUGCAUUUAGCUGUUAGUUAGCCUGAGUACUGUGGGCCCAAGCCAGAUUCUUGGAAAUCUGCAACCCUAAGAUACAAAGCAAAGGUUCCCAAUCCUGGUCCUGGAGGCCCACACACCUGGUUUUCAUUCCAGCUGCGUUUAAUUACUUAAUUGAAGGCUUAAUUGAAUUAAAUAAGGUGCUUGAUUGGAAUGUUUGCGGUGCUCUCUAGACUCAAGAGUUUGGAAUUUGAUUUGAGUUAGGAAAUGCAGUAGUUAAAAGGCUACCUCCCACAGGGUAACAUCUGACAACAGCCACACAGUUCAGAUUAAUCCUGUGUGAUGAAGUCCAUUACAAAUCCAAUCAUGUAACUGACGACGAGGAUGAAAGAACAACCCCCAGGACCGGGGCUGGGAACCGCUGGUGUUAAGAAGCUCCAAAGUGUGUGUGUUUAAACUUAAAAAUGACCGAUAUGUGUGUGUGUGUGUGUGUACAGGGAGGAAGGGGGCAAAAUCCGUUUGUACGUGUCGCAGCGCACAGCGUUCCUAAUUACUGAGGACACUGACAUGGUGCAGAUUGUACUAAGGCAUCAACCUGGUGGCCUUCACACGACGGGUGUAACAGAGCACACAUUGUGAAGAGCUGUUCCCUGGUUUUUUUGGGGGGAAGUGUGGAAAUAAACUUUUCAAGAGUGUGGUAUGUCGUUUUAA